UCAAAAGCGUAUUCAAAUAUCGAGUCCCGCUGCCUCUGCGGAACUCGCCUGCUCGCCUUAAGCUCUUUUCUUUCUGCUGAAUUCCAUUUGCAUCCCCUCUGCCUGGGUGUCUCCCUCUCAGUAUGUGUGUCUCUCUGUCUGUUUUCACACUCUCCUCCCCAUUCGAGCGAGGCCCACACCUGGCGCAUCACUGCUGAGCCAUUAGCUGCGGGUCUCCUUUCAUCUUCCCUGUGGCAGACGUUUCUAUUUAUCCACUUGCGCUCGCAGAGUGGCGUCACCAGCGGUACUGUAAUGACGAUUGCAGCAGGAGGAUGACAGCUUAGAAAGAAGAGGGCAAUGGGGCUUCCUCCCAGAGGCUGUGCGGCACAGAGGAGCGCUCGCAUCACAAGGUGACCCUAGCUCCCCACCGCCACCUCCGCGGUCGCCGUCGACAUCACUCUCCGACCACUCUGCGCUCGUCCAUUCGCCUGGCUUCUCGCUCCCUUUCGCAGUCAAGAUCUAUCCGGCUGCUAGGGUCCCUGGGAGCCGGGGGUUAGGAGCUCACUUGGGGCUUCCCCCUCCCCCCUCCGGAGAGCCCCAGGAUGGAGAACCGAAAGGACAUGGUUAUGUUUCUGGAUGGGGGUCAGCUUGGCACUCUGGUUGGCAAGAGGGUCUCCAAUUUGUCCGAGGCCGUGGGCAGCCCGCUACCCGAUCCAUCCGAGAAGAUGGUGCCCCAUGGUUGCCUCAGCCCGCGAGCCGGCCCUCCGGUGGCCCGGGAGCGCGGUGGGGCAGGUCCUGAGGAGGAGCCGGUCGAUGGACUAGCAGGCAGCGCGGCGGGGCUGGGCGCCGAGGCACGGGCAGCUGGGGCGGCCAUGCUUGGCCCGGGACCCCCGGCCCCCUCGGCCGACAGCCUUUCUGGGCAGGGGCAACCAAGUAGCUCAGACACCGAGUCGGAUUUCUAUGAAGAAAUCGAGGUGAGCUGCACCCCGGACUGCGCCACCGGGAACGCCGAGUACCAGCACAGCAAAGGGCCCAGCUCCGAGGCACUGGCCGGCAGUCCGAACAGCGGCAGCGAGGCCCCCAAGAGCAACGGUCCCGGCGGCGGCGGCGGGGGUGGGGGCGGCUCGCCAGGCACCCUGGCCUGCAGCGCCAGUGACCAGAUGCGCCGUUACCGCACCGCCUUCACCCGAGAGCAGAUUGCGCGGCUGGAGAAAGAAUUCUACCGGGAGAACUACGUAUCGAGGCCGAGGAGAUGCGAGCUGGCAGCCGCCUUAAACCUGCCAGAAACCACUAUCAAGGUGUGGUUCCAGAAUCGGCGCAUGAAGGACAAGCGGCAGCGGCUGGCCAUGACGUGGCCUCACCCAGCUGACCCCGCCUUCUAUACGUACAUGAUGAGCCACGCUGCGGCCGCGGGCGGUCUGCCCUACCCCUUCCCAUCGCACCUGCCCCUGCCGUACUACUCGCCCGUGGGUCUAGGCGCCGCAUCCGCUGCCUCCGCCGCCGCCUCUCCCUUCAGCGGCCCCCUGCGCCCGCUUGACACGUUCCGCGUGCUCUCGCAGCCCUACCCGCGGCCCGAACUGCUGUGCGCCUUCCGCCAUCCGCCUCUGUACCCGGGCCCAGCGCACGGACUGGGCGCCACGGCCGGCGGCCCCUGCUCCUGCCUUGCCUGCCACAGCGGCCCGGCCAACGGGCUCGCUCCCAGGGCUGCCGCUGCUUCGGACUUCACUUGUGCCUCCACCUCCCGCUCGGACUCCUUCCUCACCUUCGCUCCCUCGGUGCUGAGCAAGGCUUCCUCUGUCGCUUUGGACCAGAGGGAGGAGGUGCCCCUCACCAGAUAAGGGGUCGCCCGCGGGCUGCCAGCUCCAGGACGCCCGUGGGGGCCCCCUCCCGGGGACUCAGCCAGUGCCUCUCCUGUCCCCAAGAAACUGAGGGGAAAGGAGAGGGCCGCGAACGACAAGCGGGACUCGGCCUCUAGGAUGGGGACGCCCAGGAAGCGGCAGUGGCUGGCGUGUUUGAGGAGCAGAGGGGGGACGGGAAAGGAGAGAUUAGGAGAGCUUCCUUUAGGGUGGCCUCUCUUUGCUGUUUUUCACCGCUACCACCACCUUUGACCGAGGUUGAAGCCAUGGCUCAACAGCUAAACAAAACUUAGCAGCAACAGCGUAUCCGGACCCUUUGCAUCGCCCCCAUAUCGCACUCCUUCCUCACCUGAGCCCUCUCUCUUCUGCCAAGGCUAAGCACUGGAAGGGGAAAUUGCUGUCUCUUUGAACAAAAUGCUGUGUAUGCAGAGCAGGUAGAGAUUAAUCUUCACCAGCUUUCCCAAGGCAUAGCAAGGGGUUUGAGGAUGGCAACACACCAGUCUUUUAGGGGAGAGAGAGUGAGAGAUGAUUUACUGCCAGGGAGAACCAUGCCCUUGGCACGGAAUCUGGAGGUUUCACACCCUCCUGGAGUCUCAGUUACACAGCAUUUUCUGGUUCCUACCAGCACCUGAUCUCUCCUCAUUCCCCUGCUUUCUGACACAUCUCAACUUGAAACUCUAGCCCAGCGCCGCCCCCCUCCCCGUUUUUGUUUGACGUUGGCAGGGAAGCUGCAGAUGCCCCAGGGCCCCUGGGCAGCUUCUAUGAGGCCAAGCCUCUUCUCCCAGAACCCCCACACACUGAUUAGCAAGUGAUGUGUGCAAGGAGGGUUUUUGAAUGUUGAAUGUAUGUAUAAUAAUGAUCACCAUGGGCUGGCUACCAAGCCCAGAGCUGAGCUGUUAACAAGGCACCCAGGGAAGAGCUUAGGGAGUGGGGACUUCACCUUCCUCAGUUUCUGAUGGCAAAUUAGAAGUUAUUUUCAUCCAUUACCUGUUCACCUUCAUGUAACCAGGAGCUUUCUGGCCAAUCCCUUUGCAUUUGGCAUUUUACAUCCUCUCAUUUUCUCCAAAGUUGCCAUAGGGGCUUGACUUUCAGAUAACAACUGGGAGCCUUCUGCCCCUAAAAGGUGUUCCUGUCUCUACCCUUCACCAGGGUUUAUUUGGGAUCCAUUCCAGAACCCUCACUCUCACACUCAUUCUUGCAGCGAGUUUUUGAGGUAGAGAAGAACUUUUACUUUCCAAUGCAAGCUUCACCCCCCACUGGGAGGAAGUGGUUCUCCCUAUAGGGAAUGAAAUUGGUUUGGUUUGGGAUUUUCCUUUAAAGCCCAAAGACUUUGUUGUUAUGAUUUGUUAACCAUAUUGCAAUAAAAGCUGGACAUGA